AUGGCUCCACAAACCUCGAAGCUCUUCAAGCCAAUCAAGGUUGGCGCCCUCGACCUACAGCAUCGCAUCGUCCUAGCGCCCUUGACCCGCGGCCGUGCUGAUUUGGCUGGUAUCCCCGCUACCUACGCCGCGGAUUACUACUCGCAGCGCGCUACACCUGGCGGAUUGUUGAUCACAGAAGGAACCUUCAUCUCCCAUAAGGCAUCUGGGCGUCCUUUCUCACCGGGCAUUUACUCGAAAGAGCAGAUUGCGGCUUGGAAGCAUGUCACCGAAGCAGUUCAUGCCAAAGGAGCUUUUAUCCUUUGUCAGCUUUGGGCUCUUGGACGUAUUGCCGAACCUGAUCUAGUCCCCACUGUUCUCAGCCCGGGAUCUGAGCCGUUCUUUGAGGACGAUGAUGUUACACGAAAGAUCCCGGAUAACUUCACCGUCAUGACUGAAGCCCACAUUGAUAAUUUUGUGGAAUACUACCGACAAGCAGCUUUAAACGCUAUGGAGGCUGGUUUCGAUGGCAUCGAGAUCCAUGGAGCCAAUGGAUAUCUCCAGUCAAACAGCAACGGCAGAACGGACCAAUACGGCGGCAGCGUCGAAAACCGCAUCCGCUUCCCCCUUCACGUCGUCGACGCAGUCUGCGAUGCCAUUGGACCCGAUCGCGUUGGCGUCCGUAUGUCACCGUUCACACGCUUCCAAGGAAUGCGAGAAGCCAAACCGCAGUCUCUCUUCGUUCCUUGGGCACAAGCUAUUGUAGACGCUCAACCCCGCAUUGCGUACAUUCAUGCCAUUGAGCCUCGAGCAGAUGGUUCAGUAGAUACGCCUGAAUAUCUACGCAAAGCUGAGAAUACUUUGGCGCCUAUAAGAGAGGUAGCUACUCGUGCUGGUGUGCAGUUCAUCGUAGCGGGAGGAUACACACCUGAGAAGGCGUUGCAGGAUACUAGUGAGACAGAUGAUCUGGUAGCCUUUGGGCGUCACUUCAUUCAUAAGCAUUUUGUUCAUCUGCCCAACCCCGAUCUUCCUGCCCGAAUCAAGAAUGGCUGGUCGUUGACCAAGUAUGAUCGUUCGGUUUCUACGAGGUGA